AUGGACAUUGACAACACGUCCCCUGCAGCAACGCCGUUGGAUCAGUCACGCCUGAUCUUGGACAAGAAGGGUCGGUUCAUGUAUUUGGGAGACUCGGCCAACCCAUCAUUUCUGCAAUCUAUUCGGAGAUUGGUUCGAGAGACUCAAGGGCCUUGUCCAUUUGUAGAUGAUCCGUUGCGACCAUGUAUGGUAGAGGCAUCACCAGAGGGUGCUCCCGCAUGGCUCGAUGCUGGCUCAGACCAAAACGCCGCCCCAACUUUCACCCAAGAUGAAGCCAAACAUUUCGCCAGUCAAUAUUACCUCUGUACAAAUGGUAUUCUCGACCUGUUCGACAAGUCUGUGUUAUUGGACCAAGUUCCACAGGCUGUUGGAAGGAGCGCAGUAGCCCUUCCUCUUGCCAAACCCGUCGUCUACCUCAUCCUCGCCAUCGGCGCGCAAUCUUCGCCAAAGGAUCUUGGGGAGGUCGCAGAGUCAUGCUUCAACUAUGGUCGUUAUCUUGCGGCGAGAUAUCUCAUGGAGGAUCCGAGCACGCUUGCUGUAGAGGCCUAUCUUCUCAUCACCAUGUACUUGUUGGCAUCGUCUCGACGGAAUGCUGCCUUUAUGCAUCUUGGAUUCGCUGUUCGCGCGGCAUACGCCCUCGGUUUGCACCUAAAACCCGUAUCAAUGCGCUUCACGGCCGACGAGUUCAGACACAGAGAGCGUAUAUGGAAGUCCCUUCGAAGCCUGGACAUUCUAUCUAGCGCCAUGCUUGGCCGCCCGCCGGCGACAAAAGAGACGCGAAAUACCAGAUCGGCAGACGAUUACUCCGCUUGCAGUGAUCUGCUGUCCAUCAUGGAAGACGUCUUGACAAACGUCUACGAACAGAGACAGAUCUCAGCCAUUACCUUGAACAGGGUCGCAUCGCGUCAGCGCGAAUGGGCAGCAAUUUUCACUCGAGGUCUGGCGACGGACAAUGUUGAGCCCGGUGACCAGAUCGAGGGAAGCAGUAUCCCCAAUAUUGGCCUGACUCAUAUCAAAAUCGUAUUUCACUGGACGGUCAUGCUCCUCACUAGGCCCUUUCUAUCAGAACGAGUAACAGCACAUGCUCGACAAGCUGCUUCAGGACUACAGAACGCUUCAGACUCUUGGACCCCAGCAGAGUCGUCUCGAGUGCUCGCACAUGCGUGCGUAAAUUCUGCGAUUCGGACUCUCGCACUACUCGAACCGCUCAUUGAUGCAUGGGAUACUCCUACACGGUUGCCAUUCAGCAUGAGCUGCGUGGUGCAUUCUGCCUUGGUCAUCGGUCUCGCCCAUUUUGGUGAUAUGAACCAAAUAUUCCCCCUCGACAAGUUUAUGUUCACGGCACGCAGCCUAUUGCAGAGGUUUUCAAGGGAUGCAAUUGCAUCUAGAAAUUGUACCAUCAUUCAACUACUCCAUGAAGCUUGUCAAGCCUAUUCAGAAAAGCGGCACGCCGCCACUAUGGAUAUUGAAGGGCAGUUGAUCAGCAGUCUUUUCGGCCAGCUACAUUAUACGCCUCCUGGAAAUGAACUCGUGUUGAACCCUUCAUUACAAGAUUACCAAACGAUGGAAACGGCAAAUGCGACCAACGACAACAUAAGUUUGAUUGAUAAGGCGUUUGGAUCCAAUGAUGCAGCUGAUACAAGCUGGGAUGACGUGUCGCCCGCGAACGAAGACGACACAAAGGCCGCGUCUAAUACGACCCAGUCGAUCCAACCCUUGUCUCCAAGUUCUACGCCCGCUACAAUACCGAAGGCGGAUGAGGACACGUCUGCUACUGUUAAUAUGGACUCCUCAAAUAUUUUCGACGGCAGCAACAUUCUGGGAGACGCGGACAUUGUCAACCUGGAGUCUCAAGAUGACCUUGUCUCUUUGUACGCUUUGAUAGACACUUCUGGUGGCUACUUGGGGCUGGAGUAG